UUCAUGCCCUACAAUUGAAGAGAAUUAUUACUCCUCUUGUCCUUCCAUCGUGAUCAGCUACGUACGUGACAGUUCAAGUUUAACCAAACAUAAUAGGGUUCGCAUGGAAAUUUUGCCUUCCCUACUCAUCUGAUAGAGUCACGAUGUUGGUUUAUCGACACUGCAUGUUACUUUUACCUCAGGCUUCAUCUGGCCGAGUUUUCAGCGAAGGCGCGGUGGUUGCCAGUUUGCCUGCCACUUUCCAUGACAGCACGCAAUUUCAAACUUCAAAGUCGGUCUAUCAGCACGGCGAAGGUUUUUGUACUAUUUGUCUCACUUUGCUUAGGUACCACUUAGAUGUCGAGGUUGCUGACCUUUUGCAUCUAGUAGUUGCAUUGACGGUUUCUUAACGCAUUUCUCAUGAGCUAAAUGAUCCGCCAUACAUCACAGCCCAGACAAAAUAUCGACCAUUAUUGCAGUGAUUGCAGUUUCACCUGGACUCCCAUAUAACAUUCGGCCGUAACAUGGCAGGGGAAGUGAACAAGGUCACAAGCAACCUGGCUGGUUGACGAGGGCCCGGGUUAACACUGAUGUUGCACAGAAGGAUACCAACACACUACACGUGUUGGCAGUACGAGCGGCGCUAAGAUUGCGUGCGCCCUGACUUUCCUACCCCGGGAAGAGCGCAUGUUCUAACUCCUCAUGCCCCUAGGAAAUAAGUGACCCUAACAUGCGUACCGACAUUUCUGAGUGGAAUGCAACGCCCUUUCUGCCAGCAAAAUGAUCCGGGCAAGGCGAUUAUCCUUGCUCGUAGACUGGAUCAGCCGCACCUACUCUGGACAUGGACGGUGAAACAUCAAGACCAUCUCGCCAGCCAAAACAAAAUGCAGAGCAUCGAAUCACAUCCCCCCGGAUGGACACGACCCUGGCUGUUCGUCGAAUAACUUGCGGGGAGAAUUACUCCUACCAGCCAGCCCGGGGCUUCACAUCAACAGCUGGGCGCUCUGAGGAGCUUACAUGGUUGGCUCUUCACUGUUCACGAGUGUGUCAGUCUCAUGUUGGGAUGAGACAAUGAGACUGAGACUGUGAGACUGGGACAUUGGAACUAAUGAGACUGGGAAUGGCCCUGCAGCCAUGCAUUUGCCAGCACACUUUGCGCUCUGUGUAACAGGCUGUUGAUUGGUUGUCCAUGGUCUGGAAUGAACAGACGGUCCGCGCCACGGCCCUUGGGUCGCCCAACGGACUGGCCAACACUGCCACGCGGUUUUGGGGGGGCUUGUGGUGGUGUGUGGUGAAGAAAGUUGGAUGCGUUGACAACUCUGUGACUUGGUUCUUCGAGGGCGACAGCAGCACGAUUUGUUGCCUGAUGUUCAAUGACCGCACUUGUUGAUACGAGGCUGUAUUUGUCUCCUGGGCUUUCUGGUUUCUGCAGUGGCUUGUUAGGGCAGGGAAGCUGAAUUGUUCAAAAACUGACUUGAAUCAGCACGUCUUUUGCGUCAUGGAUCGCUUCAUGCGUGCCAGACGUGUCAAAUAUUUGCCCGCAAAGCAGCGGCUUUCAGGCUUGACGGAUUUGCAUGACGACGGCGAUGAGCUCGAACGGCUUGGCUAUAAGUUCGAGCGCGCCAUCAACACCUUGUGCAGCCAAAUUCGAUCACGGUCAACUCAUUACAGGAGGAAACGGUCGCUUAACCGAUUCCAGCGAGCUUACGAAAAUGUCGACAAAACACUUCUGGUCUUUCUCGUUGCUCGAUGGGGUAGCUACAUCCUCGACAUCAUCAGUGAGCAGCUCUGGGCAGAGUUCGGUGAUCACUACAGAUCUCUUCUGAAGAACUAUCCUCGACUUCCAGAUGUUGGACGAGCAAUCUGCGAAAAAUACAAGGACAAUAUCGAGAAUCUCCUCAAUACUGCGGCGAAACUAUCCGAGGUGGAAGCCGAGGACCAAAAACAUUCCGAACAACUGUCGAGCACAAAACCGUGGUCAAAGUCCCCGCUUCCAGAUAGCUCAAAAGAGUCUUCGCAGAAUCAGGGGGCGCAGGGAGCACAUAUCUGUCCUGAUCCAUCUUUAUCCGACGUCCUUUCUUCGGACCAAACAGCAAUAGCAGCCUUGGAUGCUUCGAGUCCAAAGGCGGCGAGGACGAAAACACUGGAUCUUCGACCCCCAAAACCGGCACCAGCUAUCACAACGCCAGCCUUGCAAGGAAGUAAUAGGUCAUCGGAGAUGCUGGGUCCUUACUUACAGGUACAACAACCGACUAGCACUGUAGCUGCUUGCAUGGGAGAUGGCUUUGGUUUCCCGAUGGUGAUGCCUCUUCAGAGUGAAGAUACCGUGUCGUUCGUCAAUCCUGUCCAGCAACAAAACCUCGUUCAACAGAGUUCAGGCUUCCUGCACACCCCGAGUGAGGAGACCUAUGGCCAGCAAACCCCCCUGGACCAACCGAGCAACAUGACUCAAAGGGGCAACUUCAAUGUAGCAUCCGGUUCAAUGAGCUUCCAACUACAAGAGAACCAAAUGAUGUUCCCACUUCUGAAAAUGAUGCUGAUUUUGUCCGGAACUGCAACUGAGACGGUUGUUGAAGCCAAUGACGAUGGAUUCUCCAUCUCCAAGGUUCACUUGUUGAACAAUGGUCAGGUUGUCGGAAUAAUCGAGGUGAGCCCGGUUUUGUCAACAGUCAUCACCGAGCACACUUAUCCACACUAUCGCUAAAUGAGCGCUUCUUAUCGACGGAAACAUCGCACCUCAGCUCCUGCUGCGAUAAUCUCUCGUUGACCUGGCUGUCGGAAAAAGAUAACAUGACCCUUCUUCUCUUCCCCAGUGUCGAUCUCAAACAACGUCUGGUAUGAGGCACGGUCUGUGAUGGAUAUUCGGCCUCUUUUGCUACCAAGGUUUAUGAGAGCGGCGCAAACAUUAUUCUCAAAGCUUGUCCAGGGGUAUUGGGAAUGUUGGUUUAGAGGGGUCGGAUCGAGCGAUACUUUGGCGAUUCGUAGCUGCAGGCUCUCAUCAGGCCAAUGCGCAUUUGUCAUACAUGGGUGUACCACCUUUUCUUGAACAAGUCGCCUCAAUUUCAUCUCAUCCUCGACGUCCUCCUCAUUAACUGGCAGAAGUUGGGGAUUGCUCGACAUCGGCUCGCGCUUUUGUCCUAGGGAAACAGGAUAUUCGGUGAAAGGGGGCAGGGAGAUGCACAGGCGGACGUCAAGGGUCCGAGACCAGCGUAAUCCUGAACUUCAGAAAUGGACGGCCGUCGAAAGCAAUAGUUCAACCUGGUGGACUGUAUCUUGCGUGCCAUGUUGAACAACACACUUCGCAGGCAUGUGCCGUGAGGGGGAGCGGACUUGGUGUGACCCUGACACGUGAAUCCUCGAUUACAGUAGUAUCACAGUCCCGCGGUUCCAAGUUCAUGGCACGUGAUGAGUUGUGCCUUGGAAAACAAGAUAUCGGAGAAAUAGCGAUUCAGAGGAAACUUCGCAAGUAACACUGACAGCAACAUCUUUGAGGAGGCCAGCAGGGUGUCCCUAUUAUAAGAACAGAACCCGCGAAAGUGUCCCUCGAAACGUGGAGCGAAGCAUGUCGGAGCGGUGGGCCAUGCAUUUAAUAAUAAAUUCGACGUCAAUGGGACAGCAAGUGUUUCCACUCGAUUGGUGCACCGUUGUAUCAUCCCAGCAUACAUGUGCCCAUAAGCUGGACUGGUGUGGGGACUGGAACGUUGUAUACGUUUGUGUCAUGAUACAACGACACUGGCACCGUUGAGACAAGGGCCUGAGAUACUCGAACGAGCGGGCGGUGCGAUUGGACGUACCACAGGAAUGCUACUCAUAUUCCUUCUUGCGAAAUGACUUUGAGCAGUAGCUUACGUGGGGCAUACCGGCUUGGAGACGCUGGAAGCUUUUGCUGCAAGCAAUGUCCCUGCUCGUGACAGCAGCUCAGUGCCAUUCCAUGUUGACACUGCAGGAAAAUAGCAAGCUUUGGUUCGAUUAAGAACUGCAGAUGACUUCCGGGUUACUGUGUCAACCCGGGGAUAUCAUUGUUUCGUGACGCUGGCCGUCAACGACCUCUUGGUUAUCAUUGGAAUGGAUAGCGUUUCUGGUCUCACAUUGUUCAAACAGGCGACUUCGGCCUGCGGCGAAAGCCACUGCAAGGAUCCAAGGAGGAAGGGGGAAAGAACUGACUGACACUCUCCUGGUAUGCAAGCAAUCGUUGGGUCAUCCAACUGCGGCCAGGAGUCCUUGAUCAUAUGCUCCAAGCCUCAAGUCCCAGACAUUCAUGCCUCAGCGUCUCAUUUACCAUCUGAACUUCUGGCGAAUCAUCUCACUAUAUCCCAACUUACACCAUCACUUCGUUCCUGUCCGGGGGAUGUGGGUGCAACCCUAUUUCUCCGAACAGUCAAAACUUGGUACGAUGUUGAAGUGGACCGGAUUCUGUGGGAGUAUUCGACCAUGGCUUAAACUGUGCCCGGCUAAAGGGUCAAGGGAGAACGGCCAUGCAUACAAGCAAAUUUUGGAAAAAUGCAACCCGCUGCUGCCCAGUCUCACGGGGACGUACCAUACAUGCUUUGGGGGAUUGGAAGGACCAGCAUUUGACAAGGCGCGCGUUGCAUAGAGACCGCUCUGAACUCAAGGAUGUCAACAGAGGAGGAAUGCAUGCUCUCUUCACCGGUUGGUGGCUGUUUUCGAGAAGCUGAUGUUGAGCUUUCAUCCCAAGCGACUCCUGCCGCGCGAGGCUCUGGCACCGCAAGUUUCCUGGCGCAUUCACAAUGGGAAUGGAUAAAUGGAAAGGCGACAUGACAGCACAUACCCAAGCCGGGGGGAAUUGUGUACAAACUCAAGCGGCCCUUACCACGGGAGACUUUGACACUGCAUAUUUCCUGACACAUCGACUUCGAGAAGUGAUAAAUGGGAACGCGACAACACAGCACAUACCGAAACCACGCAGGAAGUUCUCCGCCCUUCACCAGCCAGCCAAUUUUGGCACGGUUGCCCUCGCGACGUUGAAUACGAACGCCAGGGCGCAGAGGUAGGUGCACCCCCUGUGUGUGUCAGUGUCAAUCAGUCAAAAAAAUGUCACUUGACACUACGCCCUGCCGAGCAGCGCUUUGACCCCGGAUAUGCGCUGUCCUUUUACGGCUCAAGGCCUCUACAGGCGACAACGUCAAGGUUGUCUAUUACCAACACACAAUCUAUUGAUGGACCAGUAUUGCUACUGGGAAGAGUGGGAAUGGCUGUGUUCUAUCCGCGGUUACCCGGUCUGACAAGGUGAAGUGCUGCAUGGAUGCUAUGUAAUUUUGGGUUCAAGGCGUGUAUCCCCAUCCUAUGCGGGCGGGGGCUAUGUUUGUUUGUUGACUACGCUAUGAUCUGCUUCCCGAGUCACUUAUGCAGCCUAUUGCGGUAGGUGCGGUAGAGGCCAGACCCUUCGAGCGUCCAGCGACACUGGAGUCGCAACCGGGGAUUUGAUGCCCACAUUCAGGAGAAAGUGAUACUAGUGCGACUUUAUCAAGCCGACCAUGCAGCUGAGCAUACGGGAGAUACUAUGGUCCCUUUUUCUUCAUGGCGAUUAAGACGCUUAUGUAUAGUACAAUGUUCAUGCGAUUAAGUAAAGCAAUAAAUAAAAGUUGGAAAAAGCGGC